CAUGGCUUUCUCCAAGAUACACAAAAUAUUUUAUAGGUAUUUUGUGUGUCAGUAAAUGGACACUACCGACAGGCUGCCUGGUCUAUGUGAGAACCUUAGCAACCUAUUGGUCCAGGACUUUGCUGGGUCCCCCGAACAGGACUCUGGACACUGCAGUAGUCCAAGCGGGAGGUGAUGAAGUGAAGUUCUUGAGGCUACCGAUUAGUAUUUCGUUUUGACUGUUUUUACCAAGAUUGCAGCGUAAACAAUCUGGAUUCACGGUGACAAUCGUGAAUAAGAGGAAAUAAAUAUCGUUUGAGGUUUUGCUGGUGUGAGAAUCAAACUGAUUAUUUGAUUCUAGGUUUACCAGGUAAAUGAAUCUGUUUUUAUUUUCUAUUUAACUAAUUAUUUUGUUUAAUAUUUCCAUCUGUUACUUUUGUUUUAUGUAAAGCACUUUGAGUUGCCUUGUUGCUGGAACGUGCUGUACAAAUGUUUUAUUUUGACAUGUGACCCGGAAGUUAUCGCCGCGCUCUGUGUUGUUGUCUUCGUGCUCGCAGUUCUCUGAACAUUAAAGAAGCUUUUCUCCGGGUGUCUCCGACAUGUCGGGGCUCCAGAGUCUGAAGGUGUUCGUCCAGCAGCGGCUGGCUGCGGCUGUGGAGGAGAUAUUCGGCCACUUUGAGAGAACAAUCACCGAGUAUGAAGAGGAGCUGGGCCGCCGCCACCGGAACCUGCUGGAUGUGGGUUUGAAGCGGCCUGAGAGAAAACUGCGGAGAGCAGACGUAGAGCAGCUGCUGGGGAGCAAGGAAGAGGUUCAGGGGUGGAGCCUCAGUCUGGACCAGGAGGACCCACAGCUUCCACACAUUAAAGAGGAACAGGAGGAUCUCUGGACCAGUCAGGAGGGAGAGCAGCUUCCAGGACUGGAGGAGGCUGAUAUCACCAAGUUCCCAUUCACUCCUGUCCCUGUGAAGAGUGAAGAAGAUGAUGAAGAAGAGAAACCUCAGUCCUCACAGCUUCAUCAGAGCCAGACUGAACCGAUGGAAGCUGAUGGAGAGGACUGUGGAGGAUGUGGUGGUGACUGGGAUGAAACCAGAGAACCUAAGUCAGGUUUAAACUCUGUGAAAAACAAUGAAGUCUCUAAAAGUGAGACGAGUUGUAACAUUCGCAAGAAACUACUCACCUGCUCUGAGUGUGGGAAACUAUUUAGUUUCAGAGGAAAUCUAAAAAGACACAUUAGAAUACACACAGGAGAGAAACCAUUUAGCUGCUCUGAGUGUGGCAGAAGAUUCAACUUGAAGGUGAAUUUGAAGUUUCACAUGAGAACCCACACAGAAGAGAAACCAUUCAGUUGCAUAGUUUGUGGUCGAGGAUUUGCACAAGGACGCUAUUUGAGUCAACACAUGGCGGUCCACUCAGAGGAGAAAAGAUUCAAGUGCAGUCUCUGUGACAAAGGGUUCACUUGGAGUUAUCAGGUCAGAACCCACAAGUGCGUUGGUCCUCAGUCCUCACAGCUUCAUCCAAACCAAACUGAAGCUAAUGGAGAGGACUGUGGAGGACCAGAACCAGCCAGGAACCCUGGUCCAGAUCGACUUUUACAACCUGAGACUGAAGACUCUUCUGAACCCGAGACUGAAGUCAGCGAUGUUGACUGGGAGGAGGACAGAGAAUCGGGUGUAAACACACAACGCUGUCAUGCAGGAGAGAAACAUUUCAGCUGCUCAGUUUGUGACAAAACAUUCAUUUUGUUAAAACGCCUCAAAACCCACAAGUGUGCUGGACGUCAGUCCUCACAGCUUCAAAGCCAAAGUGAGACAGAGCCUGUAGCCAGCAGCUCAGCUGAAAACGUGAAGAAAUCCUUCAGCUGCUCCGAGUGUGGUCGAGGAUUCGGCUGCAAGUCGUAUCUGAGGAGUCACAUGAGGAUUCACUCAGGAGAGGAACCAAUCAGUUGCUCAGUUUGUGGUAAAAGUUUUGUCCUGCGCUCACACUUAACUGAACACAUGAGGCGUCACACGGGAGAAAUGCCCUUUAGCUGCUCUGUUUGUAAGAAACGCUUCAGGUACAGCGGAAAUGUUUGGAGACACAUGAAAAUCCACACCGGAGAGAAAGCACUCGGCGGCAGUGUAAGUGACACAGUGUCAAAUCACACCCGCAGUAACACUAAGAGACGAUCAGAACCAGAUCCAGGUAGACCUUUACGACCAGGUACUGAAGACAAAACAUCAGACUGUUCCGAGACUGAAGUUAGUUUUGAUGGUCGCAAGAAGAGCCGGGAGCCUCGGUCAUGUUUAAACUCUGAAAAAUAAUCAAGUCGUGAGAUUUAAUACUGGAAAUAAAUCGUUUAGUUGCUAAUUUUGUGAAUUUUAACCAAAAACCCAGAUGAAAUGCAGAGAAGUCAGUAAUGUGUUCUUUUACCUGCUGCCCUCGCUCUAGAAACAAAACAGAACGCAGCUUUCUAUGAAGGCCCAUCUCAUGACUUUAAAUCAUACUCGAUCAAUAAAUGAAUGUUCUUUUCAAUAAUGUAGAUAUAAAUGGUGUAAAUCAAAUCUGUGUUAGUGUGGCAGUUGUGUGCUCUCUCUUUCUUAGCGUAAUGAAUCAGGCACAAGCCGUCACAGCCGUUUAUAAUGACAGACUGAUACUGGCUUUCUCUUUAUUAUCUGAAAUAGGAGUGAACUAAUAAUACAUUUACAAUAACAAUGUAAGACAGUCAGCCUGUUGGUUUAACCUGAACUACUUACAAACGACUGUACAUGUGGAGAUGUGCACUUUACUUUGAUCUGUAUGUAGCGCACAGUACAGUUAGUGAAAUGGUUCAGCCUCGUCUCGUCAGGUGAGCCCUUCAGUUAGUGGGCACAUUUUCACCUGAAGGUUAAUGUUGGUACUCGCCUCAGAAACCCAGAUGACACCUGAUGCAUCUAAAACCUGUUCAGAUUGUGUCUGAGAGACUUUUUACACUGCAAGACAUUUCAAAACAAAUUCAACAGUAAAUACUUUCAACACUUUCAA